AUGACAAAUAUGCUAAAUGCAGCAGCUGAUCGGGUGAAAUGGACCAGAUCGAGUGCUGCUAAAAGGGCUGCCUGCCUGGUGGCUGCCGCAUAUGCUCUGAAAACACUCUAUCCCAUCAUUGGCAAGCGUUUAAAGCAAUCUCGCCACAGGAAGAAAAAAGAAGCAGUUUAUCCGGCCGCAGAGAACAGAGAAAUACUGCAUUGCACCGAGAACACUUGUAAAAAACCUUGUCCUGGAGUGAAUGCAGAUUUUUUCAAACAGCUACUAGAACUUCGGAAAAUUCUCUUUCCAAAACUUGUGACCACUGAAACAGGCUGGCUCUGCCUCCACUCGGUGGCUCUAAUCUCAAGAACCUUUCUGUCUAUCUAUGUGGCUGGUCUGGAUGGAAAAAUCGUGAAAAGCAUUGUGGAAAAGAAGCCUCGGACUUUCAUCAUCAAAUUAACUAAGUGGCUUAUGAUUGCCAUCCCUGCCACCUUUGUUAACAGUGCAAUCAGGUACCUGGAGUGCAAAUUGGCGUUGGCCUUCAGAACUCGCCUGGUGGACCAUGCCUAUGAAACCUAUUUUACAAAUCAGACUUAUUAUAAGGUGAUCAAUAUGGAUGGGAGGCUGGCAAACCCUGACCAAUCUCUUACUGAGGAUAUUAUGAUGUUCUCCCAGUCUGUGGCUCACUUAUAUUCCAAUCUGACCAAACCUAUUUUAGAUGUAAUCCUGACCUCCUAUACGCUGAUCCAGACUGCUACCUCCCGAGGAGCGAGCCCAAUUGGGCCCACCUUAUUAGCAGGACUUGUGGUAUAUGCCACCGCUAAAGUUUUGAAAGCCUGCUCUCCCAAAUUUGGUAAAUUGGUGGCUGAAGAAGCUCACAGAAAAGGCUAUUUGCGGUAUGUGCACUCCAGAAUUAUAGCCAAUGUCGAAGAAAUUGCCUUUUACAGAGGACAUAAGGUAGAAAUGAAGCAACUCCAGAAAAGUUACAAAGCUUUAGCAGAUCAGAUGAACCUCAUUUUAUCCAAACGUUUGUGGUACAUCAUGAUAGAGCAAUUCUUGAUGAAGUAUGUUUGGAGCAGCAGUGGACUAAUUAUGGUGGCUGUACCUAUUAUCACUGCAACUGGCUUUGCAGAUGGUGAUCUAGAAGAUGGCCAAAAGCAAGCUAUGGUUAGUGAACGGACAGAAGCCUUUACCACCGCUCGAAAUUUAUUGGCCUCUGGAGCCGAUGCUAUUGAACGGAUCAUGUCUUCCUACAAAGAGAUCACAGAAUUAGCGGGCUAUACUGCUCGAGUGUACAAUAUGUUUUGGGUCUUUGAUGAAGUGAAAAGAGGCAUUUAUAAGAGAGCUACUCUCAUGCAAGAGUCUGAAAGCCACAGCAAGAAUGGAGCUGACGUAGAAUUACCCCUCAGUGACGCACUGGAGAUCAAAGGAAGAGUUAUUGAUGUGGAUCAUGGAAUUAUUUGUGAAAAUGUUCCCAUAAUUACACCAACGGGGGAAGUGGUGGCUUCCAGGCUAAACUUCAAAGUACAAGAAGGAAUGCAUCUUUUGAUAACUGGUCCUAAUGGUUGUGGGAAAAGUUCUCUCUUCAGAAUUUUAAGUGGGCUCUGGCCUGUGUAUGAAGGAGUCCUCUAUAAACCACCUCCCCAACAUAUGUUCUAUAUUCCACAAAGGCCAUACAUGUCUCUUGGAAGUCUUCGUGAUCAAGUCAUCUAUCCUGAUUCAGUGGAUGACAUGCAUGAUAAAGGCUGUACAGACCACGAUCUGGAAUGUAUUCUACACAAUGUCCACCUCUAUCACAUAGUUCAAAGAGAAGGAGGAUGGGAUGCUGUUAUGGACUGGAAAGAUGUUCUGUCAGGAGGGGAAAAGCAAAGAAUGGGCAUGGCUCGCAUGUUUUAUCACAGACCAAAAUACGCAUUGCUAGAUGAAUGUACCAGUGCUGUCAGCAUUGAUGUUGAAGGAAAGAUAUUUCAGGCUGCAAAAGGAGCUGGAAUUUCCUUACUAUCUAUAACACACAGGCCUUCUCUGUGGAAAUACCACACUCAUUUAUUACAGUUUGAUGGUGAAGGAGGUUGGCGCUUUGAACAAUUGGAUACUGCUAUCCGUUUAACACUGAGUGAAGAAAAACAAAAGCUAGAAUCUCAGCUAGCUGGAAUUCCCAAAAUGCAACAGAGACUCAAUGAACUAUGUAAAAUUUUGGGAGAAGACUCAGUGCUGAAAACAAUAAAAAAUGAAGAUGAGACAUCCUAA